AUGGCAAAUCCCUUCCUGAUGAACGAUGACCCAAUGUCGGGGAAUGAACCGACACCGAACCCGUUUCUUUUCGACGAUGACGAGGGUGCAGCCGAGAAGCAGGACAAUCCGUUUCUACCGCAAGCUGGCAAUCCAUUUGCAGAUUUUGAUGCGGCAGGCAGUGAGGACGUGCCGAUGAUGAUAGCACCGGCAGCUGUUUCCACCGUGAACUUUUUUGGUGAAGAAAGUGGCAAUAAUACCGCCGAAGGCUCUUAUCCGGAGUUGUUUGCUAGCGGCCAUGCCAUGACAGGUGCUGCCGUCCCGGUGAAUCCUGCCGAAUCCACCACAGCUAAUGGUAACACUAACUUUUUCCAUACAACAAUCAACGAGGAGGACGACCUUAUUUUACCAAAGCCAACGCAUCUCCACUUGGGCGCAAACACGACCGCGGCGUUGAUGGACGACACGUCCCUUGGGGAUAGUGACUUGCUGAAGAAGACAGAAAAACCGCACAAACCGCCACCACCGCGUCCUAUUCCACCAUCGCAAGCCACCCAACAGCUGAUUAACUCUCUCGCGGAUCAGUUGGAUCAGACCAGCACAAAUCUGUUACAAAAGAUACCAGUCACGCGCACUCCCAGCCCUGUAUCGAUGCGUGAUCUGCAUUCCCCCAGUCCAACGCCAUUUGAUUAUGGCGAUUUGAUGGACUCCAAUGUUGCUCCUAGCGACGUUGGUGAACUGUCCGCUGAUAAUCCCUUCGCUAGCGUAGAACCAGCGGCGGUUCCACCUAAUAUGGAUGCACCCUUCGCAUCGUCGAAACCGGAGAUGCCGAAACCACCAAGGCCGCGUCCACCACCACCCCGACCAGUUCCGCCGAGAAGUUCUUUGGCAUCCUCGCCCAUCAGCAACAGUACUGGACCCAUUCCCGCUGCAGAACCUGUCAUACCACAAACUGCUACCCAGCCGCAGGAGGCAGAUUUGUUCGACUUAUUCGGGUCCGGCACGACCACGAAGAAGGCUACUCCACCAAAACCACCGGCCCCGAAAACAAAAGAAGAUAUCCUCUCCUUGUUCGCCCAGCCAGCGCAACCAACUACAGCCGCUACUUCUCUUCAGUCUAAAAAACCGGACCUACUGAGUGAUGAUCUGGACGAUUUCCUAGGGGGGAUGCCGUCUGGCGGUACUGGGCCUGAAUCGGCAUUCGUGCCCAAUCUGGCUAAAAAUAUGGCAACUGUUGUGAAUCAGCCAAUGGACUCGGCGGCCCCAACAGCCCAACCUCCAGCUUCGAUUGUGCAAACUCAAAUGGAUGCACCCGAGCCUUUAGCGUCAGAAGAACAUGCUCUUACCAUGGACUCCUUGAGUGAGACAUCGAACAAAGGCGGUGCAUUGCUCGAUAACUUUAUGGAGCCCUCCCCGGAAAUCGUAUUCGAGGUGGCAUCAGCUUCUGAUCCAAUCGAGGGAGGGAAGUCGGAAGUUUCUUCCGAGUAUAGUCCGACCGGAUCCAACAUUACGUCUGGUAACAUGCCUAGUUCUGUCUCCGGUAGUAUCGUCAACAUUCCCACACACGACCACAGUAGCCUACCUGAUAGUGAAAUGCGCAACAUAACUAUGAUCGAAGAAGGUGUUGAUAUACCAAUCGAAACAUCCGACUCCAGCUAUCAUGAGCACAAUCAACCAGAGGCUGCCCAGAGCAUGCUAUUUGAAGACCAACUCUCGACAACAUUCCAGAACGCUGAUGCAAUCGAGCCUCCCAUGGCGAUUGCAAACGGAAUAUCGCAGGUCAAUCCCUUUGCGGAGCCUGAGGAGAUAAAUUUAGUUUAUGACACCCAAAGCACUACUGAACCGGUUGAUAAAGGGUUAGAAUAUGCAAAUAAACUGUUCGGUGCCACCAACAUGGUAAACAACAAUCAUCCUCAAAUCGAGAUGAAUACUACAGAGGCAAGCGAACCCGAUGCUUUCGACUCGUUCGCGGUUAAGUUUGAGGGUAAGCAGGCAGGACGAAUGGGCCAGGUGGCGAGUGACGAUCGAUCGAAUAACAUUCUGCUGGAAAUGGAUCAAACUCUUGAUGACAAACGAGUGAAUGAAGACGCUUUCGGUGGUGAUGCUUGGGGUGUUGGUACGGCGGCCAAUGUAGCAGGAGGUUUUGAUGACUCGAGAGCAGAUGGAUUCGGUGCCGACGACGGUGCUGAUGAUCCUUUCCUUAGCAUGAAGGCACCUCCAGCGCCUGAGAGCACACCGUUCGGACGAUCACACUCGCGUGAUUCAGAAGAUGGCAGAGAGUUCAGCGUUGUCAUUCGACCAAAAGAAGGCCACGAAUCCAACUUCUCCGUACUUGCACUAGCACCGCCACCUAAAAGCCCUCAAACAGCAUCCAUGUACUCGGGUGAUUCCUCGCCGCGUGUUAAUCCGUUCGAUAAGAGCGAUGACGGUGAUCCUAUCCCUGUCAGCAUGCCAGACCGUAGCCAACUGGAACGAAGCGACUCUCAGGAGACUCCACCAACGCCGCUGUUCGACGAGGACGUCUCGCAACCGCUGGAAGAUUAUCCGCGCGUGAUAUACCACGGAGAUGGCUGGGAGAUGCAGCUACGCCAGCCUAACAAGAAAAAAAUUACCGGUCAGCGGUUCUGGAAAAAGGUCUUCAUACGUUUAGUUUAUCAAGGGGACAGCCCGGUGUUGCAGCUGUUGAACGCCGCCACCGACAAGGAGUCUUUUCAGGAGCUGCCGUUGCAAGGCUGCUACUCGGUGUCGGAAAUCGGUGCGCAGCAGUAUGACAACUUUGGUAAGAUAUUCACGGUGAAGUUGCAGUACAUCUUCUACAAGGAACGCCCGGGUGUGCGGCCUGGCCAGGUUACAAAAGCGGAGCGUCUGACCAACAAGCUUAGCCAAUUCGCUGCUUACGCGAUUCAAGGCGACUAUCAGGGGGUGAAGGAGCUUGGCAGUGACUUGAAAAAGCUUGGGUUGCCGGUAGAGCACGCACCACAAGUGUCCCAGCUGUUCAAGCUCGGCUCGAUGAACUACGAAGAUAUGAAGCAGUUUUCUGUAUGCAUCGAGGAAGCCUUGUUCAAGAUGAGUGUGCACCGUGACCGUGCGCUGACGUACAAGACUGAGGAGGUGCAGGUGACAGCAGUGGAUGAACUAUACGUCGAACAGGAUGCUGAGGGCCACGUACUGAAACAGAUAGCUCGAGUACGGCUCUUCUUCCUGGCCUUCUUAACAGGCAUGCCCGAUAUAGAGCUCGGCGUGAACGACUUGUGGCGCCAGGGAAAGGAAGUCGUUGGAAGACAUGACAUCAUUCCGGUGGUGACGGAGGAGUGGAUUCGUCUCGAAGGUGUAGAGUUUCACAGCUGCGUACAGCAGGAUGAGUAUGAGCGCAGCCGAACCAUCAAGUUCAAACCGCCGGAUGCGUGCUACAUCGAGCUGAUGCGUUUUCGCAUAAGACCGCCAAAAAAUCGGGAACUUCCGUUGCAGCUGAAGGCCGUGUGGUGCGUUACGGGAAACAAGGUUGAGCUUCGGGCCGACGUGCUGGUACCAGGCUUCGCCUCGCGCAAGCUUGGUCAAAUUCCAUGCGAAGAUGUCUCCAUACGGUUUCCGAUACCCGAAUGCUGGAUUUAUCUGUUUCGUGUAGAGAAACAUUUCAGAUAUGGCUCGGUCAAGUCAGCACACAGGCGCACCGGCAAGAUAAAGGGCAUAGAGAGAAUCCUGGGAGCGGUUGACACACUGCAGGAGUCGCUGAUUGAGGUUACAUCCGGACAGGCAAAGUACGAGCACCACCACCGAGCCAUCGUCUGGCGCUGUCCGCGACUUCCUAAAGAAGGGCAGGGUGCUUACACGACGCAUCAACUCGUCUGCCGGAUGGCCCUGACCAGCUUUGACCAAAUUCCCGAACAGCUGGCACCGUAUGCUUACGUGGAGUUUACCAUGCCCGCGACACAGGCCUCUCACACUACGGUACGUUCAGUGAGUGUGCAGAACUCCGAAAGUGAUGAGCCACCGGAGAAAUAUGUUCGUUAUCUUGCCCGGCACGAAUAUCGCGUUGGUAUCGAGCAUACUACCGGCGAAACGUUAAAUCCGUACCUGGCUGCAACGACUGUAUCAAAGCAACCGAUCCAAGAGGAGCAACCAAUGGCAACGACACCUAUAGCACCGAGCGAUUCGGACUCCGAUUCCAACUGAAUGGAUUGACUUGGGAAAAAUCUUUUCAUUUACGAAAUUCGCUCGAGUUUGGUUUUUAGUUAAGUCGUCUAGGCACAGUGACGCAUUCCGAAAGCUGCUGGCGGACUACCCGAGGUACACUGCAGUGGGUCAACGAGCAAACCAACGUCGGAGUGUCGCAAACACUAAAAAUUAUAGUAUUCAAAAACAGUAUAAUCGCGAAAAGCAACAGGUUCUUAGCGAAACACACCAGACGGUGGUUGCUUAGAGUCCUCCCAAACCGAUGGUGAUUAAACGCAAAACUGAAAUCUGCUAUCCACCUAACGAUAAAUGUACGAAAAAGCUAUUAGUCUCAAUGACGAUAUCAUAACUAAAAUUUCCUAGUGAGCAUCUCAAGCAAGGCAAUAUAUAAUUACUAACGCAUGCCGUGCACUAACAAUGGUCAUCCCACUACGUUGAUUGGAAACUUUUGAUUCUAAAUAUGUAGGUCAGUAAUUAAAGAAGCGCUGAGGCGGUUGCUUCUUCAAGCAUGACAUCCCAUUCCCCCACACAUCUCAUUCGUGAUGUGAUUUCAGGUCCAUUGUGUUUGUUCCUUGAUUUGUUCUUAGGCGUAGGUUAUUUUAUAAAGACAUCCUGCUGCUUACCUCGCAGCUCGAUAGAAUAUUAGUAAAGCGAUCCAUUCCAGCACUAGGCAUGGACAUACAUGUUCCUAGUGAAGUUUAUGUUGAAAACUAACCAAUCCGUGAUAUUUUUACCUACUCGCGAUAAUGCAAAACUCAUAAUCUUUUAUUUGCUCAAAAUUACUGAUAAAAUUCUACUUUACGCAUUGUUUAGCCUGCACAAAAUGCUUUUGGAAAUCUGACUGGCGUAGAUAUUUAAAGUCAAAAGCUCGCAGCACCAUCAAUGGAUGACAUCCGUAAGUCAUAGUACAUAUAAAUACAAUUUAAAUAGAAACAAAUAUAGCUGUUGUUACAAUAUGUUGGAUUGGACAUGAAAUAUAUAAAUAUAUACGCAUGAAUUAUCAAAGAUGCUGCCUUCGAUCAAGAUGCUAGCCUCGUUCCGUUUGAGUGACAAACAGUUUCCAGUAGCUUUGAGGAUAAGCCUGGAUCAAAAGAUCGGUUAAUCUAGAAUAAUCAAACAACCAGAUCCAAUCAAAAUAUGCCGUUUAAAACAACAUGUCUUUUCAAAACGCUAUGGGAGCUUCGAAGUUGCAGCAAAGAAAAAGGAAUGUUGCGUCCAAAUACAAACUUUUGUUUUAAGGUUCCGAAAUAAGUUUUUUACACUGGGGGCAGUCGGUUUGAACUCUUCCGUAUAACUUCUUGUUUGUUAAAUAUGUUUUCUCAUACAAAAAAAAAAAAACAAAUUAAUACCAUGCAGGCUGCUAUAGUGGUGUAUUAGUAACCGUUUUGAAUAGUUUGACUUUAAAGACGCAGUUAAACACAAUCAAUUCUAUGAGAUUAUUAAGGUCAUCAUUCUAGAAUCAUUCCAACGAAUACAUAUAUUACUUACAUGAGUAGUUCUUUGCGUGUACCUUAUUUAAAUUAAUUAAAUUGCCGAUUUAUUAGGAACAGUACAGGCAUAUCUUUGAUUACUGAAAAACAUUGUUUGAAUAGCAAGAAUACAAGAGAAAAACAUAAAAACAUGGUUUUUAAGGCUGCGCAUUUUAAAAAAAAAUAAGGUAUUUGAAUUCAAAGCAGAAAAAGUACAAUGAAUUUGAAGGAAAUCCUUUCGUGAUUGUUUGUAUUAUUAGCUCAACUAUCUUGUAACUGAAUAAUAAUAUAAAUGCAAUGAGAUGGAGUUUAAUUGAAAAAAAAACAAUGCGCAGGAUUAGGCUUUAAAUGGGGUGUAUAAGAAUCCUUUGCGAAAAUAACGAUUUCGUUUCAAUCAGCUCCUGUUUUUCGUUAAUCAACAUUACUCUUAAUAACAAUAUAUAGCUAUGAAAGGUACAUGUUGUCCAAUAUAGGAACAGCUUUACGCAAACGUUGGCGUUUUAUUCCAUACAAGAGAUAGCGAGAUUGCCGUCACCGGUUACUGCACACGUUCUGUUUUCGCAUCAGUUUGCGUAAAGCUGUGGCCGGAACUUUAUCUCUUUUUUUUUAACCAAAGUACGCUUCAUUGCGAUAACAAUAUCAUGUAGAUUGAACGUAUUAAAAUAUGCAUCAUGUAUAUUAUAUAAAUAUUUAAUGAAUGUAAUUCUCACGAACUAACGGACAUCGUUUGCAUUGAUAUUUAAUACAGAACAAAUAGGCAAUUCAAAUAAUCGUAGAGUAUUGCAAUCAUCAUCUCAUCGACGGAUGAGAUCUAGUACGGUUGAUUAUAAUGAUUGAGACAUACGUUUCACUUGAUUAUAAUAUAUUGCAAUGCUUAAUAUAGAUGGAAUAAUCUAUGUAAUUAUAAAAUAUUUAAACAAUGUGGAGAAACCCUGUAUAAAUUUGUGUAUAAAUACAUAUAUACAAAUAAUAUAUAUUUAUUUAUUUAUAUGCAUGAAUAAAUGUAUAUUAGCAUGUAUAUAUUUAAAUAUACAUACAUGGAAACUUACUUGAAGCAAAUAAAUGAUAACAAGUGCAUAA